AUGAACACCUCACCUAAAAGAGUUAUGCUUAAGCUUAGAAAUAGAACAUUAAACAGAUUCAAAGCCUCAAAGAUCGAGAGGAGAGAGUAAAAGACCAAAUUGAUUGGAAAGAGAUUCAGAGUGUUCGUGAGUAUUGAGAACGGCAAGAGAACAUUGAGAAUAUUACCAUUUUCUGGUCGCCUUCCCAAACUGGCCACCCAAUCAGAAAAACCAGUUUUAGCACAGAAGCCAUCCUCGCCGAUUAAAACAGUUAGCCCGAUCAGUAAAAUCAGUCUCAGAAAGUAAAGCUAGCUGAUAGGUACCAGUCAAAUGUAUCUAAGAAAUAGAAACUUGAUGUAACAAUUUAGAGCCAUCGCAGUCAAUGCUUGA